CGUCAGACUGAAGUGAACAAGCGUCAAAACCAUAUCUGUUCGAUUGUCAUUGUCUCUGUUGAUUGCUUCUUCUUAUAAAUAACAAAAUAUUGCUUUUGAGAUCUUAUAAAAGUUUCGCUAUGAGUAAUCCAAAAGAGAAGCCAACAUUUUCACACUCGGAUAAUCAAAAUCAUAAAGAAGAUUGGGGUGGGUCCAUCAAACGACGAAUCUCCGCCGAAAAUAUUCAAAUUGACCAUCGAUUGCUUCGACGAAAUAUUCGAAUAUUUGUCGCUGAAGGACUUGCAUUCCUUCGGUCAAACAUGCAAGCGAAUGAACAAAGUGGCCGGCGAAUAUUACAAACAAAAUCAUUCAUCAGCUCUAAAAUACUGCAAAGAAGAUGGUAUUUACACGUUUUAUUACGACAUAGAUGUCAAUCAUAAACCAAUUCGAAUAUCCGGUUUCAAUAAAUUCAUGCCAUGCAUUUCAAUUCUGUACAGUGAAAAUAUCGAUUCUCCUUAUAUUCAUUCUCAUAUCAAUGAAUUUGAGUCAAUAAACCAAAUUAAGCUCAGGGCAUUAAAUAUUGACGAAAAAUUUGAUCUCUUUAAACAAUUGUUGUCCCAACUGCAAAUUAUACAAUGCACUGGUUGUUCGGUUGUUGGUGAUUUCUACGACUUGAUAUUGAAAUAUUGUAAGAAUUUGAAGGAGAUUCAUGUUGAAUAUUUGGUAGCCGGUAGCCGCAUAAAUCGUAAACUUAACUGGCUAUUACAAAAAUAUCCCAAGCUUGAACGUUUGACAUGUAUGCCUUGUGAUUCUUAUCAAUUUAAAGAGAUACGUGAAUUUUUCGUACGCAAUCCAAAUGUACAGAGAUUUUCAACUUCUGCCGAAUCCUGGUGCAAGAAUGGUGACAUAUUUCUGAAUUCUAACGUAAAGUUGGAUAUAUUGGAACUAAAAAGAUCUCGCAUUCGUUAUUGGUUGCAACCACAUGGAAAGAAAACGUCGGAAACUUCAUUUGAAUUAUUAAAUCAACUCCAUGAACAAGGCUUUUAUAAGCGACUAUACAUUUAUAUCCGUAGAUUGAGUGGAAAGCGUAUCACUCAAUUAGCUACGUUCAAAGGUCUCGAGUUAUUGUGCAUUCUUCUAUUCGACAAGAGUUAUAAUUUAGCUCAAUUGACCAAUCUGAGAGAAUUAAUCAUUUUGGAUGGAUCGAGAGCUCCAAAGGAUAUGGAGAUUUUAGCAAAUGGCCUGAUAAAACUCGAACGUUUUUAUAUUGAUAAUGGUAGCAUCGAUAACAUAAUGCCAUUCAUUCGUCGAUCACCGAAAUUGAACAAAAUCAAAUUUUUACCACGAAACAAGGGUGUAAUUUUGAAUUUGACAAUGUUGAAUAGUGAACGUGCCAAGUUGGUUGGAGCACGAAAAAUAAUAAUUUAUACGCGAGAUGAUGUCUUUUUGGCCACUAAAUGGACGACCAGAAACGGUGACACCAAUUUGAGCUUCAUCGAAAUGAGACGAGCUGAUUCGAUUGAAUGGAAUCAUAAUUAUUAGCAAAUGAAUUGUGGCUGUUGUAGAAAGGCACAUUUCGCAUUUAUAUUUUUGAUUAAAUUACUACUUUUCCAUAUAUUUCUUUCUAUGAUAAAAAUCAAAUCGAAAAUCUUCAUAUAAAUAAAGUGAU